CACAGGUUCAUGACUCAUCAAUAUCAAUCUCAUUCCCUCACCAUUUUAUUAGCUUUAAAAGUGAGAAGUAAAUUAACUCAAGCAUCAAAGAACUGAAUUUAAUCUUCUGUUGUUAUUAAAGUUCAAUCUUACCGCUGGCUUAUGGAGUCUACUGGAAUUUUCGUGACGUCUUAACCUUAACCUAAAAAUGUGUGCUGGUGACAAACCUAAGACACCAAUAUGCAAAAAAAAAUAACAAAUAGUCAGCUGGAAUUUCAAGAAAUGAAUAACAGAAAUAAAAUAGUGCACUCGUGAGGAAAAAAAUCAUUCUGAAAAUUGGUGGAUAAUUCCAUGGUAUUUAUUAAUCAUCGCUUUGUCAGUGAAUUUUCUCGUAAGACUCAAUAGAUUACAAACGACUCCACUCGUUUCCAGUGUAAAAGUUUACUUUGGUCGAAAGUCCUGGAAUCAUUAAGAUUGGAGAAUAAACGAGAUGACUUGGUUAGCUCCUUGAUUUUCAUGAUAAUUGCUUGGAAUAAUACGUAUGAUUGAGGAUGGGAUAAAACGAGAGUGAGUUAUGAAAUGGCAAGUGAUUCAAAAAAGCGUCGACUUGAUCCGAACGUGACCCAACAUCCAGACAUGUUUUGCUGGGGCAGUACGGUACACGGUGAAUUGGGGCUGGGUGGUAUCGAGGACGAAAAUAUUCGAGUGCCUACAGAAGUGAGUUUCGCAAAAGCCAUACAGGUGGCUGAAAUAUCCUGCGGAGAGAACUAUACAGUCUUGAUGACCACCGAUGGCCACCUCUAUUCUUGUGGCAACAACGAUUAUGGACAGCUUGGGCACCUCCAACCCCGAAAAAGAUUUCAGCAGUUACCCUCAUUGGACGCUUUCAUCUUCAGGAAAAUCUCGUGCGGCGGCUACCACACUCUCGCGAUAAACGAGUGGGGUCAGCUGUUCACGUGGGGCUGCAAUUUCGAGGGCCAGCUAGGACUGAACAGUCAGAUACCUAUGGAGGAAACCCCCAGGAUGGUUAGGACCCUGAAUGCAAGUGUAAUUGUCCAAGUAUCUGGGGGCCUCAAGCAUGCCUUGGCUCUCACUAACAAUGGCGAAUUGUACUCGUGGGGAUCAAAUACUGAAGGUCAACUAGGCCUAGGGCUCGAGUCUCAAGCACAGCACAAACCCAGACUCAUUAGCUCUUUGGCUGGUGUGCCCAUCGCCUUCAUAGCAUGUGGUGGUUAUCACUCGGUUGUAGUGUCCAAAUCUGGGGCUAUUUACGUCUGGGGGAGGAAUACUUUUGGCCAACUGGGAAUUGCCAUUACAGGCAAUCUACAUUAUCCUCAUCAACUGAGGACACUCAGGUCCACGAGAAUUAGGUACGUUUCUUGCGGAGAGGACUUUACCGCUUUUCUUACCAUCGACGGCGGUGUCUUCACGUGUGGUGCUGGAAUGUACGGACAAUUAGGCCAUGGUACAAACAGCAACGAAGUUCUCCCUAGAAAGAUUAUGGAAUUAAUGGGUAGUAUAGUAACCCAGAUAGCCUGUGGGAAACGUCACAUGCUGGCUUUGGUACCUUCACGAGGUCGUGUAUAUGCCUGGGGUCUAGGAGGUGCUGGACAGCUGGGCAUCAAUGGUGCCAGAAGUGUUGCUAUUCCCCAGGUAGUGCUGGGCCCCUGGGUCUCACCAAAUGGCAGCUCAAUUUACACAAUCGACCGCCCCAAGAGCGAAUACAGUGUCGACUGCGUUGUCAGGCACAUUUAUUCCGGUGGGGACCACUGUUUCGCUAGCGUUAGCAAGAGGGAGGAAAAUGUAAAGCCAGAUGACUGCCGGUACUAUGAAAACUUUUCCCAGAUUCUCAUUGUCACUGAAGCGCGCCUGAUGGAAUGCCAGCGAGUAGCCAUGGGUGAGAUCCUCGAUCACGACCUCAUAACUUAUUUGGAGACUGUCUUUAGGAGUCAGGCCUGCAUCAAUGGCUCUUUCCUUCUGGAUGAUGAUCUACACUACGGAUGCUCCAGCAGACACUCUGGAGUAGAUGUGGAGAAGGCGUCCAGAAUGUUUGGAAUGAUAUCUGACGUUCAGAAUGCAACGAUUCUUGAACUGAUUUUCACAUCGAUUGGAGAGGGACUCAUUCCUUCUUUAAUAGCCUCUCCUCCUGAUGUGGAGACCCUCAGGGUUUACGUGGUGAUUCCACUGUAUCAUGGGUUUAUGGAUGUAAACAACAGGGCAAUUCUUCAAGUGCCCUUUGCCAGAGCUUUGCAGAGCCUUAAACCGGAGGCUAAGAGAGUCGUUGGCAUAUGGUGGACUCAUGCACCUGUUCAGGUAUACCAUAGAUUGAUCAGAGCAUACAAAGCGAUUAUUCUAUUGGUCCUAAAUCAGGCACAGAGAGAGAACAACUCAAUGUGCAAGGAUCCAUCAUUAAAAGUAGCCCUAGACGCCCUUCAGUUCAUCAACGAGCUAAAUAAAACCCAAGGAGAGGGUCUGAGGGUUCCCUACGAAAUGUUCUAUAUGCCAGAACUAUCCGAAUUAAUCAACAUUCGAGCCGACUAUAUAAAAUUCUACACUGGUAUCGAUCUCUACACUAUAGGUAUUCCCUUCUUCAAUUAUCCUUUCCUCUUUGAUGCCCAAGCCAAGACAAUUCUCCUGGAGACUGAUCAAGCGAUACAGAUGCACUCAGCCAUGAACGAAGCUGCCAGCAGGAAUAUCUUCUUGUCUGGAGCGGCUCCUCUAAGUGCCAGACAAUUCCUCAUACUCAACGUAUCCAGGGAAAAUAUUGUCGCUGAUACACUGAGGGAGUUGUCGGAGCACAACUCCAGUGAUCUCAAGAAACCUCUGAGGGUGAAGUUCCAUGGAGAAGAGGCUGAGGACGCUGGUGGUGUCAAGAAGGAGUUCUUUAUGCUUCUCCUGAAGGAAAUUCUUGAUCCGAAGUAUGGAAUGUUUAAACAAUUCGAGGAAACAAGGACCAUUUGGUUCAGCGAGGACUCAUUUGAGGGCGAGCGAAUGUAUUUUCUCAUUGGAGUCCUCUGUGGACUUGUUAUCUACAAUUUUAUAAUUAUCAAUCUGCCUUUUCCACUUGCUUUGUACAAGAAACUCCUUGGGGAGAAGGUGAUGUUGGCUGAUCUGAAGGAUUUGUCACCAGUCCUGGCUAAGAGUUUGACGAGUGUUUUGGAGUAUGGCAAUCAAGACCUUGAGGAUAUUUUUUGCCUUAAUUUCGAGGUGACUAGAGAGGUAUUUGGAGAGCAAAGGGUUUAUGAACUUAUUCCAGAAGGAAGCAAGACUCCAGUGACUAUCGAGAAUAAGAAGGAGUUUGUGGAACUUUAUGUGGAUUAUGUUUUUAAUAAAUCCGUGGAGUCACAGUUUGGGGCUUUCUAUAAUGGAUUUCAUAAAGUUUGUGGAGGACAUGUUCUCAAGUUCUUUCUUAGUCAUGAGCUGAUGGCUCUUAUUGUGGGGAAUGAAAAUUAUGACUGGAAGGAGCUAGAGGAAAAUGCGGGGUACAACGAGGGAUACACCAAGAAUGAUCCCACUAUUGUUAUGUUUUGGGAAAUUUUCCAUGAGCUUUCACUGGAGGAGAAAAAGAAAUUCUUGCUAUUUCUCACAGGCAGCGAUCGUAUUCCUAUUCAAGGGAUGAAAGCUAUUAAGAUUACUAUUGAACCAAUGAAUGACGAUAAAUACCUACCAGUAGCGCAUACAUGUUUUAAUCUCCUCGAUUUACCACGAUAUCAAACCCGGGAGAGACUCAGGUACAAACUGCUUCAAGCCAUUCAACAAACUCAAGGAUUCUCACUCGUGUGAGGACAACAUGUCAUUGCCAAUCUCUUGACUCGAUGUUUUAUAUUUUCUGUUAUGGCCAGUCGCUGGUCGCAGGUCUAUGUCAAAACGGAGGUGAUUUUGUUUUUUAAAUAAAAAAAAAUAUGUAUAUAAUUUGCUGUUGGCCUGGCCUAAGCUGAGUUUUUAUUGGAUUGCUUGGUUGGAAUAAACUGGAGGUAAUUGAAAGCCAUUUCUGGAAUGAAUAUUCAAGAAAGACGAGAGCUUUCCUCCAUUUUCAAUCCAGGCUUGAAGUCUGAAACAUAAGAAAAUUAGAGUAACUAGGUACUUGUUAGAUGACGCAUCUAUCAUCAGUGCGUGAGAUAACCUUUUUGUCCACGUGUUUACACCGUUUACACUCACACUCGAGGCAAAUAAGAAAUUCAAUUAAUAUUGAGUUAUUCAAAUAAACGAAAUAAUCCAAAUUCAAUAAAAAAUGAGCACAAGUACUGAAGAAAAGUCAUCCGCAAAUAAAGAAUCAUAUUCAGAAAUGAAGUCCACGAAACGACGACAUGCCAAUGAAAGUUAUAUGGAGGUUGAUAGUGUCAGUGGGAUUGAAGGUAAAGUGAAAAUGAGAUCUGCGUCAAAACGUUCGAAGAAUGUUCAAGGAGGUGAACACAGAAAG